UCACAUUUAUUAGUUGUUUUCUAGGCUUUUCAAACAUAGAAUCGAUAUAACAACGAUAUCUUGGAUACGUCACAGUUUUGUCAAUAAAUUCAUUUCAGUUCAUUUCGUCUUCAACAAUUCUGCACUUUUAUUCCUGAAUUCUGUGGAAUAAGUUCCUACAAUGUCAGUGGUAACUUUCGAGAAACCCAUACAGCAUAUCGGAUUGGCCGAUUGGCAGGCGAAGCAGUGGCAGAACCAGCAGACCAACGAUACCCGAAGAGAUGAGGCCUUCAACUUACGCCACGAGAGUCGACAACUGCGCAACGAAACACGCAUAAGGACCGAUUGGGACACCUACCACAACAACGUCCGCUUGGCCGACAGGGUAACCGAGCUAGAUAGAUGGCGUGACAUGCUGCAAGGAUGUCUGGACCGCGUCAAUACCGAAAUCGACGCCCUUAAGGACGAGAAGUUCUCUACCGAGAGAGAGAUAGACGCUCUGGGGAUACCUCUUGGUGUGGUCGCAGAGUGCAUCUCGAUGAGAGACAACAGGCUUGGUGCUGAGUUGACGUACGACGACGCUGAUACCGAACUGAAGAAGGAACUGUGCGUUGUCGAAGCAGUAAAGAAACAUCUGAUGGAGCGAUGUCUGGCUGCUUGGGAAAAGAUCAACAAAUUGCAAGAGGUCAAGUUCAAGCUUGAGCUGGACCUGAACGACAAAUCCGAAGCCAGGGAGAUCGACAAGGACCAACUGACGCUGGACAAGAAUUGCGCAAACAUCAGUCACAAGACUGAUCCGUUGAGAAUCGUUAAAAGCUCUAUUCCCUACGAAGCCUGGUUGGAGCACUCCCGCUACACCAAACUACUUGCAGACAGCGAGCUCCAAGACACCUACAAGCUGCGCGAGGCUCUCUUCGUGGUGAGAGAAAGGUCACGAAAUGACAUGAGGGCCCAGAGAGACACAGUCGACUUCACCCUGAGGAAGAGGAUCUACGAGACCCAGAAGGCGAGGAACGAGCUGGAGUGGCAGCAGAAGAAGAUGCGUGAAGAGAUGGAGAAGGUCCAGGCGGAGAUCAUCAACCUGGAGAACUCCAUCCAGGACAAGGAAGACGCGAUGAAGUUGGCAGAGACCAGGUUGGAAAACAGGUCUUACAGGCCAGGGUUUGAGCUGGCCAGGGACGAGGCUGAAAACGGGCUCAAGGAUGAGGUGAUGCAGCUUAAGCAGACCUUGGCGGACAUCUUCGGCAAGCUGAAUUGCGCAAAGGCGACAUACAACGCGUUGGAGGAUCAGCAACUGAUCAUCGACAAGGAUUUGGCGAACAAGAGUCAGUCGCUUAUGACUGAUGUUAGGUGUUUGGACAUGAGGAUCAGGCUGCGCACUGGAGAGUUUGCAGGACCAGGUACUGAUACUGACAGGAACAUCGUUUUGACUAGGAUGGAGAAGGAGAUUCCUCCAAACUAAUGGUGUGAUCGUCUUGAUUUUGGUGUUAGUGAUGUAGACGUUGCGUGUAUUGAAUUGUGUUCAUUGUGGAUGUAGAUGGAAGUUUUUUCGAAUAUAAAAUUUGCGUAUCGAA